AUGAAGCCCGUCUCCUUGUCACUCGUCGCCCUCACCUUUCCCCCUGGGACACCCGGGACAAACGGCAGCCCAACUCGUCAUCCCAGACGGCACCCCGCCCCAGGUCUGAAAACUAUCCUCUCAAAACACCCAACUCGGCAGGAACCGACGCAGCCUGGAGAGAACGCCAGGACCCGCACCCGGGUGCGCCAGGGGGCCGAGGGGAUGGUCUGCGCACAUACGGACGUCGCUGAGCAACACGCCCUCAGGGAGAUCUGCUGGGUCGAUCCUCAUCACGCCCAAAGAGCCGCACUCGGCUUCGGCGGCAGCGACCUCGUCGGGGGUUGCGUCUGGGCGGAUGGCUGCGAGGGCGGAGGUUGUGGAGAUGGCCAGGAGGAGGGUGGUGAGGGGUUUCAUGUUGGAGUUGAGCUGGAUCAGGCGAUGGGCUUAGCGUGGCGUGGUUAG